CCGUUCCAAACCCGUCUCUUGAUGGUAUUAGAUGAUUAACCAAUUGCGCACUUUGGAUAAUCCUCACUAGUACCGUGCAGUGCGCAUACGCAGAACCCACCCACAUUAACCAAGCCAAGAUAACUUCACUUCUUUCACCACCAAAUCAAUCUUAUUAUUAAUUGCCAUAAUACCAUUUUAAUGUUGUAGACUUAUACUACUCUCUCUCUCUCUCUAUAUAUAUAUAUAUAUAUAUAUAUGAAGGACAAGGCAGAUGAGCAGUGAGCUAGAUCUCUCUCUGUAUUCAAUAUAACCACCACUGUAGCAUAUACUGCAACUGUACUUUAGUACUCACAAGAAACAUGAAAAGCCUUUCUAUUUCCUUCUUUUGCUUCAUCUCUCUCUUCCUUCACUACUCAUUUGCUCAAUCGCAUACCGACCGCGUUUAUAUCGUCUACAUGGGAGCUGCAGCUUCAUCGAGGAUCGACGACCAUGCCGAGCUUCUGGGCUCUUUGUUAAGAAGGAAAAAAAAUUCAGUAGUACACAGCUACAAACAAAGUUUCUUAGGAUUCGCGGCUCGUUUGACCGAGGAGGAGGCACAUUCAAUGGCCAAGUCAUCGGGAGUUGUAUCAGUGUUUCCUGAUCCUGUCUUGCAACUCCACACAACACGUUCAUGGGAUUUUUUGAAAUAUCAAACUUCUGUAGAAAUCGACUCCGGCCCGAGUCCAGAUUCUGUCUCCUUGUCACAAGGAAAAGACACUAUAAUUGGCAUUGUGGAUACAGGUAUAUGGCCGGAAUCCGCGAGUUUUAGUGACAAGGAUAUGGGACCAAUUCCGCCACAGUGGAAGGGGGUUUGCAUGGAAGGGAAAGGGUUCACCACUUCCAACUGUAACAGAAAAUUGAUUGGGGCAAGAUAUUAUAAUGACCCGGACUCACAAUCAUUGGAAGAACACACGCCUAGGGACCAAAUUGGCCAUGGCACUCAUGUGGCAUCAACGGCAGCCGGGAGCCCGGUUUCCGGUGCAUCGUACUACGGCCUAGCCGAAGGGACUGCCAAGGGUGGGUCUCCGGGGUCGAGGAUCGCAGUCUAUCGUGUAUGUUCGCCUAGCGGAUGCCGUGGAGCGGCUAUCCUAGCAGCAUUUGAUGAUGCCAUUCAAGAUGGGGUGGAUGUAAUAUCAGUCUCACUUGGCUCAGCAGGGGGGUUGGAGCCCGAUUUCAAUACCGAUCCGAUCGCCAUCGGAUCGUUCCACGCGGUGGAGAGAGGGAUCACGGUGGUCUGCUCUGCAGGGAAUGAAGGCCCUGACCCUGAAUCCGUUGUCAAUGUAGCUCCCUGGAUCUUUACUAUUGCUGCCACCACCAUUGACCGUGAUUUUGAGUCAGAUGUUGUGUUGGGUGGAAACAAAGUGAUUAAGGGAGGAGGCAUACAAUUUUCCAACAUCGGAAAUUCUCCUGUGUACCCAUUGAUCAAUGGCACCUCUGUGAAAGCUAAAGGCAAUGACGACGAAGAUGCAAGUCACUGCUACCCGGAGUCACUAGACCAAAACCAAGUGAAGGGAAAUAUUCUUGUUUGUGAGAAUGAUGACGGAAUGUAUUCAGACAAAGAGAAGCUAGCGGGAGUGAUCGAGAAGGGUGGGAUCGGAUUGAUUUUGAUUGAUGAUGUUGCAAGAGCAGUGUCUUCUUUUUACGGAGCUGAUCCAAUUUCUGUAAUCACUUCAAAGGAUGCCUCGGAAAUUGUCUCCUAUGCCAGUUCAACCAGCAAUCCAGUGGCAACAAUACUCCCAACAGUAUCAGUGACAAAGUAUAAGCCAGCCCCUAGAGUGAUCUUCUUCUCAUCCAGAGGCCCUUCAUACGGCACAAAGAACGUUCUCAAGCCUGAUGUAGCAGCACCAGGAGUGGACAUUCUUGCAGCAUGGCUUGGGAAUGACACGGCAGGGAGUCUGCCGGGGAAGCAGCCCUCCCUUUUCAAUGUGCUUUCAGGGACUUCCAUGGCGUGCCCACAUGUGUCCGGAAUUGCUGCCACUGUCAAAUCCCAGUACCCUAACUGGAGUCCCUCUGCAAUCAGAUCAGCCAUCAUGACAACAGCAAUACAAACGAACAAUUUGAAAGAUCCAAUAAUGACAGAUUCAGGAUCGGUAGCCACACCUUACGAUUAUGGUGCAGGGGAAGUAAGCACGUCAGGACCAUUACAGCCAGGACUAGUAUACGAGACGAACAAUGUUGACUACUUGCAAUUUCUCUGUAACUUUGGGUAUGAUUUGGCCACCAUAAAAGCCGUCUCCAAAGAUAUUCCGGUGGGGUUCGCCUGCCCCAACAACCCUAGUCGUGAUCUAAUCUCGGACAUGAAUUACCCCUCAAUAGCCAUAGCCAACUUCAAAGCGAGCAAGAAAAUCACCAGGACUGUUACAAAUGUAGGGGAUGUGGCUGAAACACUUUACAUUGCAACCGUGGAUGCACCUCGUGGUUUGGAUGUCAAAGUGACACCUGAUAAAUUGCAAUUCACAGAGAAUAUGAAGAAGCUGAGCUAUGAAGUAGCAUUCUCUUCCACUGCUGCAACUCCGACAGAGGGAGAUGUCUUCGGUUCGAUUACAUGGACAAACGAACACUACAAAGUCCGGAGUCCAUUUGUUGUAAGCAGUGACUGAACACAACAAACACAAUCUUUAGUAGCGUUCCUGGAUUAUACCAUCGGUACUGUGAAUUCACAGAAGAAUAAUCUAUAGUAUACUCUGUCGAGCUUAUUAAGCUUGGUAGGUACCACAAAAGGAAAGGUGUCACCGUGUCUAAUAAUUCUUGAAGUGAAGCAAGUUAAAUGCUAACAUCAUACAAGAACAAAGAGUGCGAUAAAAAUAUGUAUAGUUUCUUAGGGGCAUGUAUUUUUGGGUUUUUAUAUAAUUUUUUUUUU